AUGGAUACUAUUGCCAUCCACCAGGAAAAUAGCAGUACAAAUUUGCUGGUCGGUGCAUUUGGAGUGAGUAAAGUUGUGGCCUACAGGUCAAGGCCAGUGGUCACGGUGGACGCUCAGCUGAUUUUGACACCCAGAAUUCUCAAUCCUGAGGACAAGUCCUGCCGUAUGCCCAAUUCUGAUGACAUGGUAACCUGUCUGUCAGUAAAUGUGUGUGCAAAGAUCUCUGGGAUUGGUAUUCCUGAUUAUGUAGCUCUAAGAAUGGACCUGCAGCUGGACUGGCUGAAGCAGCGUGGAGCAGUUAAGAGGAUCUUGUUCAUGGACUCUCACCAGCACCAGAGAACCCAACAGUUGGUUCUGGGUCAAGGGGACCGCCAACAUUGCCACAACUACUCUGUUUACCUGCGGGAUGAGGGAGAAUUCAGAGAUAAGCUGAGUCCUAUCAGCGUGACACUGAACUACAGUCUGGACCAGAACUCCCCUCCACCUGGCCUCCAGCUGCGGCCCAUUUUGGACCACUACAGCAAGACCUUCCACCAUGAUCAGGCAAACAUCCUGUUGGACUGUGGGGAAGACAACAUGUGCAUCCCAGAUCUCAAACUUUCUGCUAAAAUGGACCGGACUGAACUUAUAAUCGGGGAUGACAACUUGCUUAUGUUGUUCAUUAAUGCAGCCAAUGAGGGUGAGGGGGCAUAUGAGGCGGAGCUUCAUGUGACCCUCCCACCAGAGGCGGACUAUAUUGGUGUGGAGCGCAGACGUGAGGAUCUUCAGCGGCUGAACUGUGAGCACAGGACAGAGAAUGAUACCAGAGUUGUGGUUUGUGACCUGGGAAACCCAAUGGUGACUGACACAAACUUGUCAGUUGGUUUACGGUUUUCUGUACAGAGGCUGGAAGAUGCCCCUCCUUCCAUUGGCUUUGAGCUGCAGAUACACAGCUCUAAUAAGGACAACUCCAGAAGCGUUCCAGUGAAUUUGACUCUAAGCAUUGCAGCGAGAGCACAGGUGGAGAUCAGAGGUGUGUCUCACCCAGCUCAGGUUGUUUUGCCUUUUCCUCGAUGGGAACCCAAAGAGAAACCUGUGAGAGAGGAUGACGUCGGCCCUCAGGUUCAACACAUAUAUGAGUUACAUAAUAAGGGUCCAAGUUCAAUAGGCAGGACUGUAUUGGAGGUGGGAUGGCCCAGUUGGUACCGUGAGGAACACCUCCUUUAUGCCCUUCAGAUCAUUACUGACGGACCUGUUCACUGCAGUGUUAACGGCUCCCUAAACCCGCUGAAGUUAGAGAACUGCUCAAAUAUCAACUGCCUGAUGGUGGAGUGUGUUGUGGAACGCUUGGAUCGAGGGCAAAGCGCAGUGAUCAAGUUCAGAUCUCGACUCUGGGCUCACACCUUCUUACAGAGACGGAAUGACCACUACACGCUAAACUCCACAGUGUCCUUUCAAGUGAUGUCCAUGCCUUAUCGGAUCAAAGCUGAUUCACUCCCACACCAGAGCAAAUCAAUUGGCACAUUUGUGGUGUGGGCCAUUCCUGAUGUUUCUUUUGCCAUUCCCCUGUGGGUAAUAAUUCUGGCUAUACUGCUAGGUCUGCUGGUGCUGGCUAUGCUUAGCCUAGCAAUGUGGAAGUGUGGCUUCUUCGAUCGGGCGCGGCCACCCAAAGACGAUGACGUGUCAGACCGCGAGCAGCUGACCUCAGAAAAAUCCACAGACGCGUGAGAGCAGAACUGAUGACAAUUAUGAAUUAAGAGGUCAUGGGAUGAAUCACCAUGAAGAGAGUGGAGGGGCUAUGUCCAAAGGUUUCGGUAUCUUUGUAGAAGACUACAGAUCCAAGCCUGUAAAUAAACUACAGCUCUCACACUGGACUGCAAUCUGUGAGCUGGGCCACAGUACCACUCAAAAACAUUUCUAAAGCUUUAUUUAAAAUGACGGAAGAGCAAGAACUAUGGAUGUUGCACUCUGAUAAAGCUGCAAUAUCCACAAGAUCCAAAGUACAAGACUACAGGCUGAUCAAUACAAUCCCAAAGAUUUAGAUCUCACUCUCUGAUCAACUCCAUCGACUUACAUUGAAGCACAGUGAUAAUUUUUGACAAUAUAUUGUUUAAAACUUCCAAUGGAACUUAAGAUCAUAUCUUCUCAUCGCCAGCUCAGCACAAGAUCUGGAUCAUCCCACAAUAUGCUUCACAUUGGCCACGUACACACUGCAGCUGAAUAUGGAUUCACUCCUCUUUUAAGACAUUUCUGAUAUUUCUUUCAUUUCAUAUUUAAAUAUCAAACACCAAACAAGGUUAAACUGUUCCAUAUUUCAUGUUUACAGCCGAGGGAUUAUUACUUUAUUAUUAUGAUUAUUACUGUGGCAGUUUCAGGAGUGACUCCUGUUUUAUGUACACACACAGAACAAUAAUUUAGGAGAUUCACACCCACACUUGUAUAUGGUUGUCACUCUCAAAACUUUGCAGUGUGUAUUAUAUGGCCAUUUUUAACAGAGUGCUUAAAAGUAACACAGAAAGUCACAUACUGUAUGCAAAUAAUUAAUGUCACCUACAAGUAUACUUUAUGUAUUGUCAGAAAAUUAUUGAUGAUGGUGUAGUGGUAAAUUCUGCGAUCUGACUAGAAUCUUUAUGCUUACAAAGCUGGUCUGUUGCAUCAUCAGCCCACAAUGUAGUUUCACAGCAUUGUCUCAUUUCACAUGCCUUGUCAAUGAUUGUACUGAUUACAUAUUGAAGCUUGUAAAAGAAUAGCUCACUACGUAUAAAGAUAGGGAUGGGGGGUUAUGAGCAGAUAUAAAUUAUAUGUGCAAUAAUGGGACAUUUUUGAGUUGAUAAUUUGUGUGUACACUGGCUCCAAAAUGUUUAAAACCUGAGGUUCAGGUUGUUUUGUAUAUAAAGGUAAAAUACUUAUUUGUCAGGCUUUUUCAGAGAAUAUUUCUUAUCCAAACUAAAGGGAACAACAAUAUUUUGUCUUUCAGUGCUCUAAAUGCAUCGAUAAAUCACCAAUAAUGUCAGAUGACUUGGGCACAUUUAUUUCAUCUAUUGGGAAUUCUUCUUUUUUUUUUUCCUUUCCUUUUUUUUA